AGCAGCAGAGAGACAGAUUGGAAAAGUGAAUAACGUCUGCUGUUAUUGUGGGAAAGUUACCAGAAGCUACAGAGAGAGUGUGAAAAAAGGGAAAGAUUUUCUUUAAUUUCAGGUAGAUGUUGCUAUAACUUUUUGGGUUUACUUUUCUCCAUAAAUUAGAUUUUUUUUGCAGCUUUUUCUGUCAGAAGUUUUUGCUCUCCUGUUUUCUUCAGUUUUUUCAGCUCAGUGCUUCCCCAACCAUAAAGUUAGAUUUUUAGGGAGUGUGGGUGAGUGUGUGUGUGUGUUUUUAUGUACGUUUGAUAUAGUAAGUCAUGGAACUGGAGCAUUUAGGUGGUGGCGGGGUUAAACCUGAGAGGGGCAACACUCGUCUCUACAGGAUAGCACUGGCCAUGUGUGUGUGUCUCUGUGCUGCUCUGCUGCUUGCACUCAUACUGGUCUCUCAAAAAUCUAGUCAGGAGGAGUUCUGUCUGAGCCCAGAAUGCAUUGAAGCAGCGGGGUCUGUUCUGAGUAAAAUGGAUCAGUCCGUUAACCCCUGCGAGGACUUCUAUAGUUUCUCCUGUGGUGGGUGGUUAAAGGAGAACCCAAUUCCAGAGGAUUCGUCCUCAUAUGGCAUCUACCCCUGGCUGCGGCAGCAUGUAGACAUCCGACUCAAAGAGUUACUGGAAGCUUCUUCAGGCCCUGAUGAACUGGAGGCAGUGACCAAGGCUAAGAUCCUCUAUCGCUCCUGUAUGAAUGAGACUUUACUGGAGCAGAUGGACACCAAACCGAUGCUGAAAACACUUAAGCAGCCUGAGUUUCGGUGGCCUGUUGUGGGGGAUGGGCUCGGCGGGGAGUAUCAGUGGUCGGAGGUGCAGUGGAGCCUCCUCAAGACACUGGCAGAGAUGAGGAACCAGCACAGUAAGAGCGUCCUGAUUCGCCUGUACGUCUCCCCCGAUGACAAAAACUCCUCAUACUACGUAAUCAAGCUCGAUCAGGCGUCCUUGUCUCUGCCCUCCAGGGAAGACUACAUCACCAACACUUCCUCUGCCCGGGCGUAUCGUGCAGCCUUGCUUAGUUUGAUGGUAGAUACAGCCCUCAUGCUUGGCGCUCCAGAGAAAGCAGCACUGACCCAGAUGGAAAAAGCUCUUGCCUUCGAGACAAAACUGGCUCAUAUCCUGAUUCCCUAUGAAAACCGCACCAGUGAGAACAUGUACAACAAAUACACACUCUCUCGUCUGCAGCGCUCCAUACCACAGUUUGAUUGGCUGGGUUUUGUAAAAGCUGUGGUGGAGUCUAAAGACGACCCGGUUCGGUCUAUCUCCUCCUCUGAGCCCAUCAUCGUACGAGCUCCGCAGUACUUCAAGGACCUUUUCAAGCUCAUUAACACCACAGAUCCCAGGACUGUAGCCAACUACGUGCAAUGGAGGACAGUUUUUUCCAGGAUCACCACUCUGAGCCGUCGUUUUCUUUACAGAUACCUGGACUAUGCUCGGGUAACCACGGGAACCACCUCUCUGACCCCGCGCUGGGAUAAGUGUGUUAACUACGUCGAGAACUCGCUUGUUUAUGCCACCGGGCGCCUCUUUGUUAACACACACUUCCAGGAGGACAAGAAACAUAUGAUGGAGGAGCUGAUCCAGGGCGUUCGCUGGGCUUUCAUCGACAUGCUGGAGAAGGAGAACAACUGGAUGGAUCAACCAACGAAGAAGAGAGCGAUAGAGAAGGCUCAUGCAGUUCUGGCUAAGGUCGGCUACCCCGAGUUUAUUCUGAACGACACCUACCUCAAUGAAGACUUAAAGCAGCUAGCGUUCAGCGAGACUGACUACUACGGGAAUGUGAUGCAGACGUUGAGGUUCAUUGCCCAAUCUGAUAUCACCUGGCUCCGAAAGAGCGUCCCACGUACAGAGUGGUUUACAAACCCAACAACUGUGAACGCUUUCUACAGUUCCUCCACUAAUCAAAUCAGAUUCCCUGCUGGAGAGCUUCAAAAACCCUUCUUUUGGGGGAGAGAGUAUCCAAGAUCAUUAAGUUAUGGCGCCAUCGGGGUGAUAGUAGGACAUGAGUUAACACACGGCUUUGACAAUAACGGUCGCAAGUAUGACAAAAAUGGCAACCUUGACCAGUGGUGGAGCAACUCGUCUGUGACAGGCUUCACUGAGAAGACCCAGUGUAUGAUUGACCAGUAUAAUAACUACUACUGGGACGAGGCAGGCCUAAAUGUGCGAGGCAAGAGGACUCUGGCAGAAAACAUAGCCGACAACGGAGGAAUAAGAGAGGCUUUUAGGGCGUACAGGCGGUGGGUAGAUGAGAGCAGAGGUGGUGUGGAGGAGCCUCUGCUGCCUGGAAUCGGACUAAACAACAACCAACUGUUCUUCCUGAGCUAUGCACAUGUGAGAUGCAACUCAUAUAGACCAGAAGCAGCCAGGGACCAGAUCCAGAGUGGAGCUCAUAGUCCACCGAAAUACAGAGUUAUCGGAGCGAUGAGUAACUAUGAAGAGUUUCGGAAAGCGUUCAGCUGUCCCGAGUCGUCAGUUAUGAACCGAGGCGCACAGUCCUGUCGGGUGUGGUGACCUUUGACCUCAGCUUGACCCUGAACCAGGCCAGAGCUUUCAGCUGGACGUCCUUAAAAAGACUGAUAAUGCUGGACUUAGCCAACAGAGUUUACAUGAUGCGGAAACAAUGAAGCAAAAAUGAAGCAGAGUUGUUCUCACUGAAAAACCCUAACGUAUAAACAUGUCGGGGUAACAGUGGAACAUUUUAGAGACUGACUAUUGUUACUGCAACAAAUCUGUAACUGUUUCCACAGGUACAUUGACUGCGUAUGUUGCAGUAACUGCAUAAAUUGUGACUGAAGCUGUUUGUUAAGGACCAUAAUUUAUGAAUUAUAGAAAUGUUAUGAGCCCCUUUUUACAACAACAGCCCUGCAUGUACUGUGUAAUGUGUGACUUGAUGAAGCUAGCUAGCUAGCUAGCGUCUUAUGGGAAUAAAACAUGUACAUUAAUGCAAAGGUACAGUGACAGGAACCUAUAUUACUAAUAUUACUGUAACUGGGAAGCAGAAGUUUAUCAGGUCAAUAUGUGCAUAUAUUCAUUAGCAGCCUUUUGAUUAAUUCCCCAACACCCUGAACUAAAGAUUAAUUUUAUGUUUGAGCAUAAAUAUGAGCAAAACAUGCAAAACAGGAUGCAAAAAUAUUCAAGUCAAUUUGAAGUCAUAUUAAGUCUUAAAAAUCUAUCAUAAUUUAUCAUAAUGUAGUACUUGCAGAGCAGUAAAAUGAUAACCUGCUAGCAUAUCUUUAAGAAUGAAUAUGUGGUUAACCUCUCUAAGAUGGAGUAUGUUUUGUGUAUUUGUGUGUGUGUGUGUGUGUGUGUGUGGUGGUGGUAGGGGGGGGGUUGGCUCCCCUUUGAUACAUCUCGGUCCUGUCUUGGUUUCUGCCCCACUUUGUUUCAAUCUCCUUUUCGGUUUCGGGCAUUUAUAUUCAUUCUGCUGCAGUUCCGCCGCAGGCAAAAUGAACUCGCAGAAUUACAAGCACUCAAACUACAAGAUGCACUCUCUCCAUUUGUCUUUCUGUCUCUGUUACCGAGCUGCACUGCUGAGGUGCACUCACACAUCAGCUCAGUUUGUAGUAUUUGAUGUCGCUCUGGAGUAUUUUACACGGCAGGUUCACAAGUUUGUCAGAAAAUGUGAAGGAUAUAUCAUCUACAAUAUUGUUAAUCAGGAGUUAUCACUAAAAGACAUUACAUGUUUGUUUCAUAGAUUAAAAUCUAUGAAAUUCUGUUUCUCUUUCGUCCACAUUUAUCUUUCUAACUUGUAUUAUUCUGCUUUUUGAAGCACAUGGAAUUUAAAAGUAGGUUUGCAACUAAGGGUUAUUUUCAUCAUAAAUGUAUCUUAAAUGAAUUUUCUUUUAGUCUAAAAAAUGUCAGAUAAUAGUGAAAAAUGCCAUAAUAUCAUAAUUUCCCAGAGAUGUCUUGUUUUGUCCAACCAAAGCCAAAGGCACUUAGUUUACAAUGAUCUGAAGCAGUAAAACACAACAAAUUCUCUCAUUUUGAGAGAAGCAAAUGUUACACAUUUCUCCUUGAUAAAUGACUUGAAUCUAUUAUCAAGAUUGUUGAUGAUUAAUUUUUCUUAAUUGACUUAUCUUUCAGCAUCACUGCAAUCACCCUGUAAGCUUUAUUUUGAAAUUCUGAAUGCUCCAAAGAAAACAUUUAUUGAAAACACUGUAUAUUAUAAAAUUUACUUUAUUUACAUUUUAUUAUCAGCAAAGUGUUUUUCUUCAUAUAUAAUAAUUUUGUAACUUAAUGGGACGAAUUAUUGUUUAUAACUUUUCCAUCGAGAAAAUGUUUGCAUCUGGAUGCUGUGAUUAUGGUUUUCUGUGUUGCUGUUUUUGGUUGUGCUCUGUCAGAUUCUAAUAAAACUCUUGACAUUG